GAACCUGUUCAGGAUGUGGGGGCUUCACCAUCUACCCCUGGAACUGGAAAAUCCAAGCUGGAAACAUUGCCCAAGGAAGAUCUCAUCAAGUUUGCCAAGAAGCAGAUGAUGCUAAUACAGAAAACUAAAUCAAGGUGUACAGAAUUGGAGAAAGAAAUUGAAGAACUGAAAUCAAAACCUGUUGCUGGAGGAACUGAUGAUAUUAUAAAGGCAUUGACUGAACGUCUGGAUGGUGUUCUUCUGGAAAAGGCAGAGACUGAGCAACACUGUCUUGCUCUGAAGAAAGAAAAUACUAAAAUCAAGGAAGAGGCUAAGGAUUCUGUAACUAAGAUAGAAGAUCUGCAAUGUGAGUUUGAGCAGUCACAUAGAAACUACGUGAAAGAAAUUGAAAUUCUGAAAAAUGAAUUAAUAGCAGUGCAUUCUAAACACAGUGAAGAUAAAGAUAGCUUGCAGAAGGAACUUGAAGAAGCAAUCAAAAAGCAGUUAGAGCUUUCAGAACAAGUUAAAGUUCAGAAUGAGUCAGAAAAUAAUGUUAAAAAACUACAAGAUGAUAUCCAUAAAAUCAGAGCAGCCUUCGAAGAGCAAAUUGUGUGCCUGCAAAAGCAAUUGGAGGCUGCCACUGAGGAGAAGAAUCAAGAAAUUAAUAAGCUCCAGAAAGUCAUUAUUGACGCUAAUUCUCAGGGUUACCAAAGAGAUGUUAGUAGUUUGCAAGAACAACUUUUGCAGUUGAAAGGUACAUACCAAGAAGACGUGAAAGACUUGAUGCAUCACAUGGACGUCUCUGCUAAAGAACAUGAAGCAGGAGUCAAUAAGUUAAAUCAGCUAACGGAGAACUUAGCCCAACAGUAUGAGCCGGGUGAAAAGAACAUGCCGGAGAAUUAUCAAGGGGAAUUAGAAGACCUGAGUAAAGCCUCAAAUGCAAAUCAAGAAAAUCCGAUGUGUUCUGUGCUCUUGCAAGACGAUGCUAUUGUAGAACCACUGGUGAAUGAAAAAAUCAAACACUUAGAAGCUGCCUUAAAGGAACUGGAAUCUCAACAUAGUAUUUUGAAAGAUGAGGUCACUUACAUGAAUAACCUUAAAGUCAAACUUGAAAUGGAUGCCCAGCACAUAAAGGAUGAGUUUUUCCAUGAACGUGAAGACUUAGAAUUUAAAAUCAAUGAAUUGUUACUAGCUAAAGAAGAACAGAUCUUGCUAAUUGAAACAUUAAAAUCUCAGCUAGACGAUGCAAACAAACAAUUUUGUUGUAUUGUGGAACAACAUAACAAAGAAAUGCAGAGUAUUAAUGGACAGCAUCAACAAGAAAUAGCAGAACUAACUGAGACAUUUCUGUCCGGUUCAGAAAAGGAGAAAUUAACAUUAAUGUUUGAAAUACAGGGUCUGAAGGAACAAUGUGAAAAUCUACAGCAAGAAAAGCAAGACGCAAUCUUAAAUUAUGAGAGCUUGAGGGAGAUUAUGGAAAUUUUACAGACAGAACUUGGGGAGUCUGCUGGGAAAAUAAGUCAAGAGUUUGAAUCAAUGAAGCAGCAGCAAGCUUCUGAUGUUCAUGAGCUGCAACAGAAACUCAGAGCUGCUUUUAAUGACAAAGAUGCUCUUCUUGAAACUGUCAGUCGUCUCCAAGGAGAAAAGGAACAGUUAUUGUCUCAACAAGAAUUAGUACCAGAACUUGAAAACACCAUAAAGAGCCUCCAAGAAAAGAUUGAAGAGCACUUAAUUAGUCUCAGUCAGAAAGACACCAGACUACAAGAUUUAGAAGCGAAGAUAACUUGUCUGACUGAGGAAAACGAUGGUUUCAGAAGUGAGUUGAAAACUGCUCAUGAAGGGAUGGACAAUCUCCAUGAGAAACAGGAACAGGAGGAAGGAUUGAUUGCAGAACUUAGGGAGAAAGUGGAGCAAAUGGCCCAGAACAACAGUGAACUAAAACAAAAGAUAAAUGAAUUAACAAAAGAACUAGAAGAGGCUGUAAAAGAAAAGGGCCAAAAUGACGAAAGACUCGAAAUACUUUCGAGUCAAAUUAAAAGUCUCCAUCAAGACCAGGAAGUGUUGUCAUCUGAAGUCAAGUCACUUUAUGAGGAAAAUAAUCGACUAAAUUCAGAAAAGAGCCAAUUGAGCAACAAUUUGGAAAGUCUUCUGGCUCAGAAAGAAGGGGAUGUUAAUCUUAAAGAACAGAUGACUGAGCUGGAAAAGAAACUACAGUCAACAGCAGAAGAGCUAGGUAAUGUAAGUGCACUGUUUGAAAAUGAGCAACUUCAGAAAUUAUCUCUCAGAACUCAGAUGUAUGGUUUUCUUGAACUGUUGGGGUCAAAAGUCUCAGAAGAAAAUGAAGAGCAAGAUACUGUAAAUGUCCUCCAAGCUUUAGGUGAAUCCUUAGCAAAACUGAAUGAGGAGAAGCACACCCUAGUUUCUCAGUACGAUGAAAGGAUAUUGAAGUUAGAAAAGGAGAUUAAGCACACUGAAGAAGAGCACACAGUUCAGCGUGAGGCACUUCAGGCUUUACUGGAAGACUAUGAGCAAGAGAAAGUACUCCUGAGGAAAGAAUUACAAGAAACCCUGUCAGACAAAGAGGCCCUACAACUUGAUCUUCUAGAAAUGAAGACUGCCAAUGAAAAAACAAGGCUUGAAAACCAAGAUCUUUUCAUACAAAUUGAGGAAGCAUCUCAAAAACUUUUAUGUAGCAAAAAUGUAACUCAUGAUGAAAAAGAAGACUCUCUAAAGGAACAUGAAAACCUGAGACCGUUACUAGAACAAAAAGAAUCGGAAUUACAAGAUCUAAGAGCACAAUUGGCAUUACUGAAGGAUUCCUUAGAGAAUUCAUCUUCUAUAACAAAUGAUCAAACCUCUUCAGUAAAAGAGCUGGAAGAAAAAAUAGAAACUCUGGAGAAAGAAUCCAAAGAAAAAGAGGAGAAAAUAAAUAAAAUAAAGCUGGUUGCUGUGAAGACAAAGAAAGAACUUGAAUCAAACCGGAAAGAGGCCCAGACUCUGAGGGACGAGCUGGAUGCUGUCCGGUCAGAGAGGGACCGCUUGUCGACUUCCAUGCGAGACCUCAUUCAAGGAGCCGAAAGCUACAAGAAUCUUUUAUUAGAAUAUGAUAAGCAGUCAGAGCAGUUGGAUGUGGAAAAAGACCGGGCCAGUAAUUUUGAGCGUCAGAUAGAAGACCUUACAAAACAGUUAAGGAAUUCAACUGCCCAGUGUGAAAAAUUAAAUUCUGAUCAUGAAGAUCUCCAGGCUCGGAUUGCAACACUACAGUCUAAUGCCAAGUUACUAGAAGUACAGAUUGUAGACGUUCAGAGAGCCAAAACUACAGUAGACAAAGAGUUAGAAGCUGAAAAACUGGAGCGAGAACAGAAAAUGAAGGAACAUGCCAGUACCCUAAAUGAACUUGAAGAACUUCAGCUACAACUUCAAAAGGAAAAAAAACAGCUUCAGAAAACCUUGCAAGAGUUAGAGCUGGUUAGAAAGGAUGCCCAGCAAACCACAUUGAUGAAUAUGGAAAUAGCUGACUACGAACGUUUGGUGAAAGAACUGAAUCAAAAGUUAACUAAUAAGAGUAGCAAAAUUGAAGAUUUGGAGCAAGAAAUACAAAUUCAGAAACAGAAACAAGAGACCCUACAAGAAGAAAUGACUUCUCUGCAGUCCUCAGUGCAGCGAUAUGAAGAAAACAACACCAAGAUCAAGCAGUUGCUCGUGAAAACUAAAAAGGAACUGACGGAUUCAAAGCAGGCAGAAACCAGUCACUUAGUACUUCAAGAAUCUCUGAAGAGUGAGUUAGAGGCAAGCCAACAAGAAGUUGAAGUAUAUAAAAUUCAGCUGGCGGAAGUCACAUCGGAGAAGCACAAACUUCAUGAGCACUUGAAGAGCUCCGCGGAGCAGCACCAGCGCGCACUGACUGCUUACCAGCAGAAAGUCACCACCCUGCAAGAGGAGUGCCAGACCGCCAAGGCGGAACAAGCGGCAAUAGCGUCUGAUUUUGAAAGCUAUAAAGUCCGAGUUCAUAAUGUUCUAAAACAACAGAAAAGUAAAUCGGUGUCUCAGGCUGAAACCGAGGGAGCUAAACAAGAAAGGGAACACCUGGAAAUGCUGAUUGACCAAUUAAAAAUCAAAUUACAAGACACUCAGAGUAAUUUACAGAUGAGUACGUGUGAACUUCAGGCGCUGCAGGGGGAACAUGACACUUUGCUGGAAAGACACAACAAGACGCUGCAGGAAACCGUGUCCAAAGAGGCAGAGCUCCGGGAAAGGUUGUGUUCAAUACAAUCCGAAAACAUGACCAUGAAGUCUGAACAUGCGGAGACCGUGAGUCAGCUGACGUCGCAGAAUGAGGCCCUUCGCCUGGGUUUCCGUGAGCAGAUGCGGCAGGUGCAGGAGGAGCACCGCAAGACGACGGAGACGUUGCAGCAGCAACUCGCCAAGGUGGAGGUGCAGCUCUUCCAGCUCAAGAGUGAGCCCACCACCAGAAGCCCAGCCUCUUCACACCAAUCUUUGAAGAACCUUCGAGAAAGAAGAAACACAGAGCUCCCCCUUGUGGACAUGCACGCCGUCACCAGAGAAGAGGGGGAAGGGAUGGAGACGGCAGACACUGAGUCUGGGUCCUCUGCCAGCACCCACACCCCGUCUUUAGAGCAGCUGCUUACUUCCCCUGAAGCUAAACUUGAGCCUCCUUUAUGGCAUGAUGAAUUUACCAAAGAAGAAUUGGUUCAGAAACUCAAUUCCACCACGAAAAGUGCUGAUCACUUAAAUGGCCUGCUUCGGGAAACAGAAGCUACCAAUGCAAUCCUGAUGGAGCAAAUUAAGCUUCUCAAAAGUGAAAUAAGAAGGUUGGAGAGGAAUCAAGAACGAGAGAAGUCUGUCGCUAACCUGGAAUACUUGAAGAACGUCUUACUGCAAUUCAUCUUUCUCAAACCAGGAAGUGAGCGGGAGAGGCUGCUUCCGGUUAUAGACACAAUGUUGCAGCUCAGCCCGGAAGAAAAGGGAAAACUGGCCGUGAUUGCCCAAGGUGAGGAAGAAACUGCGUCCCGUUCCUCAGGUUGGGCGUCCUAUCUGCACAGUUGGUCUGGACUUCGAUAG